AUGAAUGCCUGGCUAGCCGACGCCUCGAACCUCCCCAACCAUGAUAAUGGUGCCUUUCACCAGGCGACUAUAGAUCCUUCCACCGCCUUCCUCCAUGCAUCUCCCACUCCCGAUCCUAACCAAUUCCAGCGCAUGUUCAAUGGCGUGCCGCGAAAUGCAUCUCCCGGUUUCCACAAUCCUAACCAGGUGAUCCCGUCCAAGCGACCACGUCCCGAGGAUGGCAUGUCAAUGUCACCCCGGCAGGCACCAGGUGGACUAGCUGCCUCGCGAUCGCAGACGCCUCAUCAGGUGCCUUUCCCAGGGUACCAAGGACCGACAAAUGGCGCUACACAAUUCGCCCCGCAUCCUGCUCAGUACCAACAUCUUCAACAAGGGACCUCACCAAAUGUUAGUCAGUCACCGAUUAUCCAGGACUUCGACCAGCAUGGUGUGCAAAGAAUGGGAACAGCAUCGCCCAGUCCAUUCUCUCCCGCUGGUCCUCAUGUUGGGCCCCACGUAUCGCCGUCGCAGCCGGAUCAUCCAAGCAGAGUAAACACCCCGCAGAAUAGCUCGUUCAUUCCUGGUCAACCAUUCCCCCAGGGUAUGGGAGGGCAGUUUUCGCCUGGAACCGCUAUGACCUCCGCCGGUGUGCAAGCACCGAUGCAAGCGCACUUCAGUGGCAUGCCACAGGGAUACCAGGCAAUGGCUGCCCAACAACAGCAACAACAACAGCGAAUACACGCCAUUCAAAUGCAAAAUCAAGGCCGUCCGAUAAAUAUGAACCCUGCUCUGGCUGGACGUCCCGUGGCGGCUGGUAUGAAUGCCAUGGCCAACCCUCAGCAAAUGGCGGCCAUCAGACAGAUGCAACAGACGAUGUCAAAACCUCCCAAUCCGGAAGGUUUUAUGAGGUCGUUACAGAAAUUCAUGAUGUCACGGAAUCUACCCCUGGAUCCGAAUCCCAUUGUCUGUGGGCGCCCAAUUAAUUUAGUGCAACUUUAUGCUACCGUUAUGAAGCUGGGUGGAUCAAAGAAGAUCAACGCCACGAACAUGUGGCCGGUAAUAGCUCAGCAGCUUCAAUAUCCCCCAAUGCAGUUUCCGAUGGCCGUACAGGAAAUUCGAGAGCACUACCAGCGGAACCUUGCUGCCUACGAGCAAGCUUUCCUGAGCACGCAGCAGAAACAGUUUGCGGAUCAGAUGCAGCAAAGUUCGCUGUCACGACAACCUAGUGAUCCCUCAGGUAUGCAGUUCCAGUCGCCAUCUGUCAAACCAAAUCAAAAUUUCGAGGCUUCGCAGCAACUUGGACAGCCGUCUCCGAGUAAUGCACCUGUACCAAACAAUAUGCCUAGCAAUGUGCCUAAUGGGUUUGCUACUCCUACGCCAGUGAAGGUGCCAAAUAAGCAGCAGCAGCAGCAGCAGCAGCAGCAGCAGCAACAACAACAACAACAGCAGCAGCAGCAGCAGCACAGACUCAGCGUCUCUCGCCAAUCUCAACCCCCGGCAACACCUCACGACUCUACUGGGCAACAAUCCGGCCAGUCGCCAGCACCAUCGGCCAAAGAUCCAGGUUCAGUGUCCGGCAAGGUGUCCGAGCAGUUUGAUCAGAAUCCUGAUCAGCCUCUGAAGCAUCCGAUCGAGGACCCUUUCAAGCCUAUGGUCUUGCCAGAAAGUAACCUUCAUGGCCCAGUCGCGGUGGAUGAAAUUUAUCAACUAAGUGAAGAAAUCGCGAGAUUCAAGCCUAACGUUCCCGCAUUCUCCGAACUUGGCGUAAUUGAUAUACACGCUCUCACAAUGGGUAUCAAGUCAGGGAUUCACGCGGAGAUGCGUUUGGCUUUAGACACACUUGCAACCAUAUCCUGUGAACCGGCAAUUCAAAUAUCACUGGACAACUGCGAGGAUUUGGUUGACAGCUUGGUUGAGUGUGCAGAAGACCAAGCCGAAUUCCUUGCUGAGCAUGCUGCUGAGGUGUCGGAUGUCAUGCUUCUUCCAACGUACGAGGAGGUUACCCGGGGUUGUCAGUCAGAGUGGACAUCCUUGGCUGAUAUUCCCGAAUUUGGAAGCCUCGAUUAUGAUCUAGACCGAGCCGUUGAUAGACUCAUCUGUAUCACAACGAUACUGCGCAACUUUUCAUUUACCGAAUCGAACUUUGGGGUACUUUCAACGCCACCGGUCGUGCAAUUCAUCUCCACUAUCAUCCGCUAUUUGGGAACUCGAAACAUGCUUUUACGAAAUAAUCAGAAUACCCUCGAUUUCAUGAAGGACACAGUCAUUUAUCUGAGUAACCUGGCCCACACCAUUCAACUGCCGAGCAAAGAAGAAGCUCUCUCUCUCCUACAUUUUCUCCUGUCAUUUGCCCCAUUCCCUGGACCGAGUCAGGGACCGGAUGGCGUCAUGUUCACCGCCUACAGUGCCUCCGUCCAUAAGUAUACCCCGGCAGCGGUAGACAGCUUAGCCAAGCUUUUGGCGCGCGAUGAGCCCAAUCGGACGUUUUUCAAGGCAAUCUUCUCCGGAGACGGAAGUGGCAUCCCUCAGCACGAAUUGCUUACCCGUUCCUUCGGCCUUGCUAUCUGCCCGGUUCCCGACCAGCCUCGGAAACCGUUAGCCAUAGCAGAUGCUCGUAAAGUCUUCCUCAUGCAGGGCUUGUUAGCCGCCGACAUCCUUUCCGGGUUUGCGGAUGGUAACCUUGCAAAAUCAUGGCUUGAGUCGGUUGACGGAUUUGCCAUUCAUCUCCUCCGACUUUCCUGCCUCCUGAGUACCGAACGUGUUCCUCCAACCAACACUAAUCCCCGCCAAUCACAUGCUGCAAGAGGACAGGCUGAAGCGGAAGCUGCUGCGUAUAGUUCCAUCAUUAACCGUGGGUUGGGCAUUCUCCGGAGACUGGCCGAGAAGUCUAAACAUGCCGACUCAAACUCGGCGUUGCGGUUCCCGUCUGGGAUAAUCCCAAAGAAAGAGAGCUUACUCGGGGCGUUACUCAUGCACAAUGUGGAUCCCGGCGUCGUGCGGCAACUGAUAACAUACGCGCGACUGGCAGAAUGA